AGCUCAAAUCUAUCAAAGCAUGCCACUGGAAACCCGUUUCUAAUGAGGAUCCAUGGAAGUUUUGGUAGAGAAAGAGAAAAAUCUUUAGGGCGUAAGAAUUCCAAGGAGAGGUACAAGGGGAAGGCGAUGAAUAUGGAGGCUAAAACUCCUCGAUCACACGCAAUCUUGUCGUGGUUCGUCACUGUUCACCCUCACGAAACCUCCGCUUUGAUAUCUUCCGCCUCCACUUUCUUCUUCAUUCUAAGUGCGUAUUUUGUAGUUCUUCCUUUACGUGAUGAUGGCGCAAUGUCGUUAGGGUUAGAGAAUCUACCAGGUUUAUUUGUGGGAUCGUUAGUUCUUACAUUGGUUGCUGCCCCGCUUUCCACACUGAUUUUCACAUUGCCUAAUCUUUCCAAAGCCAAGGCUCUGGCCUUGUUACACAGGUUCUUUGCGAUUUCUCUUUUUGUAUUUUUUACCUUGUGGGUUUCUUCUACACCGGGAAGCUCAAUUUUUCAUCUCAAGGGAUUUCUCUCCAUGUCCACUAUAAAAGAGGAGUUGAAGGUCAAUGUUGACCAAGCUAAUCCUUCAUCUUUGGCUGGGUGGGGCAACCAUGGAUGGUUUUACAUCUCUGUGAGAAUUGGCUUUUUCCUUUGGGUUGCGCUGCUUAAUCUUGUCACAAUCUCCUCAACUUGGGCUAGAGUAAUUGAUGUGAUGGAUAGUGAGUCAGGUUCGAGAUUGUUUGGGUUCAUUGGUGCUGGUGCUACACUUGGCCAGCUUGUUGGUUCACUAUUUGCCACGGGAAUGGCUUGGUUAGGACCAUAUUUACUUCUUGUUGCGGCACUUCUCAUGGAACUUGCUUCACAGUCGUCUAAGGGAAUAAACAAAGAUAUCUCACAUCUUCCUGAAGAACAAACUCCCAUAAGGUUAGAUGAUACUGAUCAUGCUAAUCAAACUGAGCCACCACCGAAAAAUUCUUCUCCAAGAUUGUCAUCAACAGCAAAGCCUCAGCUCUGGGCUAUAUUAGAUGGGAUACGGCUUAUUUUGUCGUCAACAUAUUUGCAAUAUGUUGCGUUAUUUUUGUGGCUGGGUGCAGUUAUCUCCUCUUUCUUCUACUUUCAGAAAGUGACUGUUAUUGCGAAAACAGUUACAAAUCCUGUCGGGAGAAGGAGGUUAUUAGCUGAGAUCAAUAGCUUCAUUGCUGUUUUUAUCCUUAUAGGACAACUUACAUUAACGGGGCGCAUCCUUACUGUUGCUGGGAUUACUUUAGCCAUUUGCUCAUCUCCCUUUGUUGCGUGCAUAAAUUUAAUUACAUUGGCGAUAUGGCCUACAUGGGUUCAAGUGGCCAUAUCUGAAACUCUUAGAAAGGUCGUCAAUUAUGUAGUAACUAGGCCAGGACGGGAACUCCUUUUUACCGUUGUCUCACAGGAAGAGAAGUAUAAAGCAAAGGUAUGCAUAGAUGUAAUCGUUCAAAGGCUCGGGGACGCUACAGCAGCUGGCAUGUACAAGCUACUAUUUAGCACGCUAAAUGGCAAAGUCUCAACAGUCUCUCUAUAUGCUCUGCCUGUCUGCUUCUUGUGGAUAAUGACUGGUUUCCAUUUAGGGCGCCGGCAAAAACAACUCUCAAGGCUACAAUCAUUUGCAGCAGUAGUUGAAAUGGCUGGGAACUGAUCCUUUUUCAUCCUAGUGUAGAAUUUGUAAGGAAAUUAUCUGUCAUUUUUACAGAUUUACCCACAUGUUGAACAAAAUCAGAAACAGAUUCACCAUAAAGGAGUGAAGUGUAAUAGUCUUUGCUUUCUUUGUAGUUGACAGAUGUAGAAAUCUAGAGAGCAUACCUUCUUACAAUUACACAGUAAAAAGCAAUUUACCCAGACUCCAGAACUAUUCAAAUCAAAAUAGUUUCUUUA